GUGGUGGAACAUUCUUCAUACACACGGAAAUGUGUGUGACAGUUCUUGACACAAACCGUGCGCCUGGCACCUACUACCAUACCCCGUAGAGACCUGUGGAUGGGCAUAUAGUCCGUAUGGAUAGUCUGUGGGAGAGCUGUAGUUGUUAGCCAAUUAACAGUCUUAUGGCCAGGGGAUAGAAGCUGUUUAGGAGUCUGUUGGUCUGAGCUUUGAUGCACCGGUCACGCCUGCCGGAUGGGAGUGUAGCCGGUUUGGCUACUUUUCUGCGUUGUAGUCUGCUGUAUUUGUAACGAACAGGUCUAGUCUGGACAGUAGUUGUCUUUUACUUAUCUGGAUUGGAUGGAAUACAUGCAAUUCACUGGAUGCUUUUUUUGUCUGCGCUAGUGUGUAACUGGUUGCUGAGUGAAGUUGGAGACUCAAGGUCUGUUGGUGGCUGGGAAGGAGAGAGUCUCCAUAGGAUCCGGAGAGGGACAGAUCUGCCUGGGUCGUUGUCCAGAGGGAAUUAAAGUAAAGGGGGCUGACCACGGAACUCUCCUUGGCCUUCCAAAGACUCCCCACAUCAUUCCAAGCCAUCCACACGGACCCCGGCCAGAGAAAUGUCCCUGCAUUCCCAACCGCCCCCAAUGUAGAGGUCACUGCCCUCAGAACUCCUCAGAGAACACCUUAACCUGAACAAACUUAUGUUUGUGAAACCUGUCCAAUUACCUCUCAGGAACCCCCCACACCCAACACACACACUGUCCAUUAGUCCACCAUUAAGACAAUGGCGCUCUGUCUCGGACAAGUCUUCAGCAAAGACAAAACGUUCAGGCCUCGGAAGCGCUUCGAGCCUGGGACCCAGCGCUUUGAACUAUACAAGAAGGCCCAGGCCUCUCUGAAGUCCGGCCUGGACCUGAGGAAAGUGGUCCAGCUUCCUGAAGGAGAGAACAUCAAUGACUGGAUCGCUGUGCAUGUGGUGGACUUCUUCAACCGCAUCAACCUAAUCUACGGCACGGUCAGCGAGUUCUGCACCGAGCGCACCUGCCCCAUCAUGUCCGGGGGCCUGCGCUACGAGUACAGGUGGCAGGACGGAGACGACUACAAGAAGCCCACCAAGCUACCUGCCUUGAUAUACAUGAACCUACUGAUGGACUGGAUUGAGACCAACAUCAACAAUGAGGACAUCUUCCCCACAAGAGUAGGUGUUCCUUUCCCUAAGAACUUCCAGCAGGUGUGUAAGAAGAUUCUGAGCCGUCUUUUCCGGGUCUUUGUGCAUGUCUACAUCCACCACUUUGACAGCAUCUGUAGCAUGGGCGCCGAGGCUCACAUCAAUACCUGUUACAAACACUACUACUACUUCAUCUCUGAGUUCAGCCUCAUCGAGCACUCAGAACUGGAACCCCUGGUGAGAGAGGAGAGGGCAAUGACAGAGAAGAUCUGUAACUAAACCACUUGGAAAAUGGAGUUUACAUCAUUUCAGCAUUCCCUGUGGCCUUCAAGAGACCCACAGCUUCAAUACAACCAAACACUCAAACUAAAGGAAUGGAUUUUGAGUGGAUUUGAAGAAAAGUGUUAUCCAUCCCAAGAUUUACAAAGUUUGUUCAUAAAGUGACAUUUUCAGCCAAUAGUCUAUAUGUUUUAUGAAAAAGGACUGUUCUGCUUCCUAUAGUGCUGUGACAUGAUGCAGCACUCCAGUCUUCUGAGCUUUAUUGUAAUUGUAGUAAUGUUUAGUAAUAACUAUUCUAGCUCUGUUUUAUUAUGCAUGUAUAGUUCUUGACAUCAUCAACUUUGGAAAUGUUUGCGGCUUCGAGGUGUUUGAGACACUGUGUAAUGGAUGGAAGGUCACAACCAUAGAGAUAGAUAGAUGACUCAUCUUUGUAUCUGUGCAAUUAUAGAGUCUGUGACAGCAUGGGCAUUGAGGCUAUCUCCAUUUUGAAGUAGUACAUUUUCUUCUUCAGAAUUGGGUGAUCCCUCCUGAUGACCUGAUUGGACAUGACUCCAACAGGGUCACCAGGAGGGAUCAACCAAUGAAGUUGGAAGUCCAGCCCAAAAAGCUCUAAAUGGUGCUGCCCAUGCUAAUAUGGCCUUUUGGCCAGUAGAGGCCUCUAUCAUUCUCUAUGGUAACAACACUAGACCUGUCUCCAGUGUUUUGCAUUUUUAUGACAAAUAUGUGUGGAAUGUGUCCCAGCCAGACAACUUGAAAAGCAAGUGUCAAGGGAUGUGCAGAAUGACAAGUAUGGACUCAUAUUGGGAAUUACUGACUUCAUUUUAAUUUACACAAAACCAGUUUAAACCUUACUCUGUGAGACUGAUCUGAUGUGUAACUGAUUAAAUUUCCAAGUAUUAAGAGCCUAUUUUACCCUACCUGGCCUCUCCUGUUGAGUUAAUUGUGUUCAUUUUUGAGGAAAAUUAUUCAUUCAUCUUAAAAUACUCAUGACUCAUUAAUAUAACUUGCACUACAAAUGUAUUUUAUUUUAUUAAACCUUUAUUUAACUUAAAUUACGACG